AGUCGGGGAGCUUCCGGCUGGCGUACGAGCUGUUGGCGGGGUGUGCGGGAUGUUUGCUGUGCGCAAACAGCUGUCGGCUGAAAGCUAGCUGAGGCGACAUGGCUCUGCUGCGGCUGAGGAACACGAAGGGCCCGAAUGCGGCGGAGAUAGAGAGGAAAAUCAAAAGGGGAAACGCCCUGAGGCAGGGGUCUUCGUGGCGGGGCUCCAGGGGACUCCUGGCCCUGCUCCUGGUUGCUCUGUGUGCUGGUACAGUUGCCGCCUGGCUCUACCUGGCUUCCUUGGACGGUGACAUCACAGAAACUCUGGCCAGUCGGAGGGAAAUGAUCUUGCCUCAGCCCAGGGUCUACAGCGUCCAAUGCUCAGAGGACUACGAGAACUACAAGCGCUACCCAGGUUGCACCCCCCAGAAGUGCGGCCGGGCAGUCACGGACGGCGUGGUGACGAGCGAAGAGGCUCAGGCCCUCCGGAGGCUGGCUGAGAGGGGGCUGGCGCUGGCCGGGUCUGAGGGAGGGGCCUCCAUACUUGACCUUCACUCUGGAGCGCUGUCCAUGGGGAAACAGUUUGUCAAUAUAUACAGGUAUUUCGGGGAACAGAUAGCAGAUGUCUUCACAGAAGAGGAUUUCAAGCUUUACAGAGAUGUGCGGGGCCGGAUUCAGGCCGUCAUUGCAGAGACGUUUGGCUUGGACCGAACCCUGAUGUACCUCACCAAGCCCACCUUCUUCUCCAGAAUCAACAGCACCGCAGCCAAGACGCAGCAUGACGAGUACUGGCACCCGCACAUCGAUAAGGAGACGUAUGGCUCUUUUGACUACACAUCUCUCCUGUACCUGUCUGACUACGGCUCAGACUUCACCGGCGGGCGAUUUGUCUUCAUGGACCAAAACGGCAAUCGAACUGUGGAACCCCGGGCAGGGCGAGUGUCUUUCUUCUCCUCUGGAUCGGAGAACCUCCACCGCGUGGAGAAGGUGACGUGGGGGACGCGCUACGCCAUCACCGUCUCCUUCACUUGCAACCCCAGUCACGCCAUCUCCGACCCCUCCCUGCGCUGAGGCGUCCGUGGGACGGCGCUGCUCCCCGUGCGCUCGGACGAGCCCUGCAACAAAGACGGAGACGAAGAAAGUGAACAGGAGGGAAAAAAAACGUUAUUUUAGGUGCACAGGCUGUGGUCCAGAAGCCUCGCCGGCCGCUGCGUCUCCUGUUGGAGGAGAACCACGAGACGAGCCAGAGGAAGCCGAACGUCAGCAGAAAUUCUUUCCUGGAAACAUCAAUUUUUCACCGAAGGGAAAAGACUUGGAUGUUACUGCGCACAAGCUGGGAUUCAAGGGCACAAAUGUUCUCCAUCGUUCCACCACUGACGUGUGUCCCGAGUCCUCCGGAUGUUUCCAGACGGAGCUCUGCAAAAUGUAUUUCCACAUUUUGCUGUCAUAUUCCAGAAAUGUCCCACAACAUUCCAUAUUGAGCUUUACACACAGAUGUCUUGUGUCAAAGCACCAACUUUUAAAUUUCACACCAAGACACUUCUUUGUAAUUUCAGACAUUUGUAAUUCUGAUACGAUACCGAUAUUGCAGCUUUGAGUAUUGGCCGAUACCGAUACUGCCCCGACACGAUAUCAGCACAAAUCGUAAAUACUUUUAAUUUGUUAUGUGGGAUGUUAUGAAAAACUUGACCAAAAAAUAAUAAAAAAUCAAUUUCUCAAACAGAAAUCAAUUGUCAACAAUAACAUGUAUGAGAAGAACUGAUCCUUUAACCAAAGCGUUUGGGAUACUAAGUGCUGCUGGAGAGGAUUGCUUCUGUCAGAGAUUUUAGAUGCAGGGUGAUAUAAUACUCAUUUUUUGUAUCCCAUCAUACUGUUUUCCGAUAAGAAUAUUGGCUUGGUGAACCCCUAAUAAUCAAAUCUUUGUCUAUGGGUACCCAGAACUUGGUAAUGACAGCUUUUUAUCGCCUGUGUUCCUGGUUACUGUGAGUCUGGAUUUGUCCUCUGGUUCCUUCUGUUCUUUGGUUUUGUUCCAUUUGAUAAAACAAAAUGUAAUUACAAGCUGAUAACCUGUGUAAAUACAAUGACGUUUUCAAAUAUUUUCAGUGGAAACCAACUUUGCAACUUGUAAUGUGUUUACUGUAGAUGGAUUUUGGCCCCAGACUUUGUUGCAGAAUUUUUUUAACUUGCCCAAACUGGAGGACUGAACAAAUCAUCACCUGAAAACUCUUUUUUUUUUUUUUUUUUUUUUUUUUUUUUUUUUGUUAAUCGGAUUAUCUUUGUCUUAUAACAAAUUGUUUACAUUUAAAGGAAAAAUCGGGGAGCCGUUGCUUUUCUUCUCCUCCCAGUACGUCCUCCAACGGUUCUGGUCGUUCUUGUUUCAGUCAAGUUUUUUUGGGUUCAUGGAUGUUUCUGAUCAUACGGGACUUUUUGAACGUUUUGCUCAAAAUGCAACCGGGUUACAGAUGCAAGUCUCAGGGUCACGUUUCUCUUCCUCCUCGUGCCAAGGUUUUCGCCGUGUUUUUGUUUUCUCCUGUUGGACUGAACUUCGAGAACUGCAUGUGCCAAAGCCUCAUUUCAGCACACAGAUGUAAUGUCCUGUUUCCUUUAAGCAAUUAUGAAGCCAUAACACUUGAGUGAACACUUUGUGUUUAUAAAAAUCAGCCAAGAUUA